AUGGAAAGUAGGGUGGACGAAAUCAGAAAUCUAGCGGGCCGAGUCGGAUUAAGAAGCCAGGUGCAAGCAGAUAAGGAGGAUCCGGAACUAACUUCAGACGAAAAAGAAAGAAAUAGUAUCAAUCAAAAUCGAGAACCUAGUCGUCCUACAGAGAUAACUAGUCACCCUUGCGGCUCUAGGCUAUACGUGAAUCCCAAAAUCCAAGAGCCUAUCAAUCAAAAUAAUGAAGUACCUAAUAACAUUGUCCGGCCUACGCCCUCCGCGAAUCCUGCAAUCCAAGAUCCCAGCGUUUAUAACAGAGAAGCACCUAACCGACCUAUUGGGGCUAUGCCCCACGCGAACCCUCAAAACGUAGGACCUGUCUAUCAGAAUAGGGAAGUAUUCAGUCACCCCGUCCGCCCUAUGCUUCCUAUAAACUUUCAACAUGACGGUACUAUUUAA